AUGGGAAAGAAUAGGCGAUCGGGCUAUCGAUACUACAUAAAGCAAGUACAUUCGGACUUCAUGAUGGGCAAGGUACAUCACCGGCCCUUAAUCGAGACUAAAUAUUGGGAAGAAGAUUUGGAACCCGCAAAGACCACUAAACGAAGACGAUUUAACGAAAAAUUGCGAAACUCAACUACAUCGACAAAUUCACAAAAUAAUAAUAACCAUAAAUCGCACGGUAGUUCAGAAAAAUCCGACGAUAGACCGACUACAAGCGGGAAUAAAACAGUGGGGGAUGAUGUAGGGAACCAUCGAUUCGGUCCACCCUUUAUCGCCUACGACCCACCAACGUUCGAAGAGGCGGAGGAUCUUUUCGCCGAAAGACAUCAUCGGCCAAAGUUAUCUUCACCCGAAAUAAAAAUAAAAUUCUCAAUCAGCGGCAAUGGGCUCACUUAUGCCCAAGAUCACUUAGUGCACUUUCUAGCAGCUGAUUGCGAGAUAAUAAAACCAGUAGCAAAAUUACUCCGUGAUUUAAAAUUUAUAAAUGCCGAUGACCUCCAUGCAUCGAAACCUUCAAAGGGAGAUGUAUUCGUCACCAAGUUAGGUCGUUGCAAAAUCUUCACGGAUUGUAUUCAUUAA